CCUUAUUAGAACUACAAUUCCCAUAAUGCACCAGACCGCUAGUCCGCCACGGGAUUGCCAGAAUUCAGGACACACCGCAGACACUUUCUUAUCAAACUAUUUAGCGGUGCACAGGUAUGAGAGAGAAAAAAUCACUACUACCAGAAACAUAAACAUUAAACACUUUAUCCAAAUCGAGAAUGACGGAUCGAGCAAACAAUUUCCCACCUCUGCCAAAGUUUAUGCGCAUAAAGCCAUGUUUUUACCAGAACGUGGCUGAGGAAAUCCCACAGCCCUACCAGCUGCUUGUGCGUCGAGUUUACAAUCUUUGGAUGUUGUACUGUAUCACACUAUGUGUUAAUGUGGUGGCCUGCAUAGCCUGGUGGGCUGGCGGUGGUAACGUGGACAACUUUGGGUUUGCGCUUCUCUGGCUGCUGGUUUUCAGCCCAUGUAGCUACACCUGCUGGUUUAGGCCACUUUAUAAAGCAUUCCGGGCUGAUAGUUCCUUCAACUUCAUGGCAUUCUUCUUCAUUUUCUUUCUGCAAUGUGUCCUUGUCUUCAUUCAAAGCCUUGGAAUAUCAGGUUGGGGUGCUUGUGGUUGGAUUGCCACAGUGGCAUUUUUUGGCACGAAUGUAGUCUCGGCUAUAUUCAUGCUCAUCUGUGCUCUGCUCUUUACCAUAGAUACAGCUCUAAUGGUUUUCAUUCUCAUCAAGGUUCAUCGUCUGUAUCGCGGUGGAGGAGGCAGUUUUCACCAGGCACAGGAAGAAUGGAGCACGGGUGUGUGGAAAAGUGCCCCUGUGAGGCAAGCUGGAUUCAACGCCAUCUCUCAAACUGGCCCCAGCCUGCCCUAGUAUCCAGCCGCUGUGCCCAAUUACCCAGAGAGCGGACCCUGGUGAUACUUUAUCUGAACUACAGGUGGAGCCAGAGUACCACUGGUUGUCUUAACAGUAAAGGGGCAGUUUGCAGUGGGAUGUUACCUUUUCCAGA